AUGUUGGUGAAUGCGGACCCGAGGUGACUGGGUGAAGUGUGCGUUUCGGUCGUGUUGUCACCGUACUGCUUGAUUAACUAUUGAACACGAUAGUUGGCGCUUUAGCAAGCUGUCGCCAACUAAAUGAUCGGUGAAUCAGUUAGUCCGUCGUCGGCGUUUAGAGUGCUUGAGAGUAAAUAUAUCUAGUGCGCGCGCAGCAACAUGAAUUAUAGCGGGAAAAGAAAAUUAUCGUUUCUAAGCUUAACACCGCUGCCUACCUCUGAAGAUCAAGUGCUCCUGGAUGAUGAGAUGGAGCGAGUCGUAUGGGGCGUAGGUCAUCCACCCCGACUGCAAACUGCAAGGGAUCCAGUUCGAGAUGCAGCCGCACCCAUGCCUCAUUCAAUAGAUACUAUGACGAGUAGCUCUGAAAUGUCGCCAAUAAGUGCACACCAUAAUAGUACGGGAUCAGAUGUCCAAGUGUCAGGGGAUAUGUCAGAAAGUUCGUACGGCAAUCGUGAAGAUGAGCGUCACGUCCAGUUCACCUAUAAGCCUGAAGACGAAAUCCUCGCUGACUCUCCAGAUGAUGCGAAUGACAUCCGACGAGCACAAAGAAACGCUCGUCAUUUGCAUCCCUACAAAACACGUAAAUACUCCCUUCAAGAGGGUGCGAGGGGUGGUGGGACGUCUAACUUCGGCAUAUACAACGGAGAAAGGAGAGUUUCAACGAUCCCAAUGGAGGAAACCCUAAUGGAAGCGGAUCAGGAUGAUCUUCGAAGUCAUCGCAGUGAUGAUCCACGCGCAUUACGUAGGCAUCUCAUUCAACCACGAGGAUCAACUGUACACGUUGGUAGAAGAGACGGCGGUGAUAAACUUCAAAAUUUGCUGACCGACGCCACAUUCAAGAAAAUAUUCGACCGCAGUCCACAUUCGGUGUUUGUCCAGCUAGACGAGUUGUUAACGACAGAUGAUGGUGACGCGGAAUGGAAAGAGACUGCUCGUUGGAUCAAGUACGAGGAAGACGUAGAAGAAGGCUCGGACCGUUGGGGAAAACCACACGUGGCGUCGCUUUCUUUCCACUCUUUGCUAAAUCUACGCCGAUGUCUCGAGACAGGCGUUGUACUGCUCGACUUAGAGGAAUGUGACUUGCCUGGAGUUGCAUACAGGGUUGUAGAGCAUAUGGUGAAGGAGGGCUUAAUUGAAGAUGACGAUAAACCAGUUGUACUGCGAUCAUUGCUAUUACGCCAUAAGCAUGUUCAUGAUGAUCGGUUCAGGUUUUCAAUCAGCGGGAAGAAGUCUUCUUACCACAGCUUACAGUCGCUGUGGCUUGAAGAUGGAGCUUUGAUGUCUGGACCAAGUGGAAUGCGAAUGCGAAUAUGCUCAUUGGGAGCCAACCAAGAGUCCCAUCGGCGCCAUAGUACUCACCACUUCAAUCUUUCCGAUCAGAAACGUCGUCGGAGCUCUCAUAAUGUACCCGCUGACCGCAUGGAUAUUCGUAAAAAAUCAUCAGGCAUUGGCCUAGAUAUGAAAGAGGUGGAAUAUCUAGCCACGGUGGCUGCUGGUACACAGGAGGAUCCGAAACGAAUACAGAAUGAUUCCAUAUUGAAACGAAUACCAGAUGGUGCUGAAGCCACGACCGUUUUAGUUGGUGCUGUUGGUUUUCUAGAUCAACCAACUAUUGCCUUCGUGCGACUUGCUCAGGGCAUUCAAAUGCCAUCGAUAACAGAAAUCCCUAUACCAGUUCGAUUUAUGUUUAUACUCUUGGGACCAGUAAGCGCUGAUUUGGACUAUCAUGAAGUUGGACGUUCUAUAUCAACAUUGAUGUCAAAUCCAGCAUUCCAUUCUAUAGCUUAUAAGGCCGACGAUCGUCGAGAGCUAUUAUCAGCAAUCAACGAGUUUUUAGAUGACUCCAUAGUACUCCCUCCUGGUGACUGGGAAAGACAAGCUCUAUUACCUUUUGAAGAAUUGCGUGCCAAAAGUGAAAUGAUUCGUCGUCGGAAACGGGAUGCUAUUGAGAGGAAGCGUGCAGCUUCAAAGGACUUUCCACCACUGGUUAUGGAGGAGAAGGCACUCUUAGCAGUCGAGACUGGGGGUGCACCUGAAAAAGAACCCGACGAUCCGCUAUCUAAAACAGGCCGCAUAUUUGGAGGUGUAAUACGAGACAUGAAGAGGCGGUAUCCUCAUUACAUAUCAGACUUCCGCGACGCGCUCAAUGGACAAUGUGCAGCUGCAACGAUAUUUAUGUACUUUGCCGCUCUUUCUUCUGCAAUAACCUUCGGCGGGUUGCUCGCUGAAAAGACAUCGGGGCAAAUUGGAAUAUCAGAGACCUUAGUAUUCACAUGCAUCGGGGGAGUGUUCUUCGCUUUAGUUGCUGGUCAACCAAUGAUGAUCACUGGUGCCACGGGUCCGCUUCUGCUACUUGAUGACGCUUUAUUCAACUUCUGCAAAUCUUAUGGUUUCGAUUUCCUGGCAGCCAGAAUGUAUUGCGGCAUAUGGAUGAUUAUCAUCGCACUUUGUGUAGCAUCAAUUGAAGGGAGCGUGUCAGUCAAAAAGAUCACCAGAUUCACGGAGGAUAUUUUUGCAUUCCUUAUAUCUUUAAUAUUUAUCUCGGAGCCCAUCACAAAUAUCAUUAACUUGUAUCGUAUGCAUCCACUGGGCUACGAUUACUGUCAAUCCUCAGCAGAAAACAUUACCAUCGUACCAAAUGGUUUGAACAGCACAUUAUCUGGUAAUAUAACAACAGCACCUCCGACAGUUGCUCCCGGGAAGAUGGCUCCUCAACCAAACACAGCUCUAUUCUGCACAAUAGUGACCCUAACUACUUUUAUCAUCGCCUAUUACCUACGUAUCUUUAGAAAUGGCAAAUUUUUGGGACGCAGUGCUCGCCGUGCUCUUGGAGACUUUGGAGUACCAAUAGCAAUUGUACUGAUGGUCGGAGUAACCUCGUUUGUUCCGGUCUGGUCUGAAAAAUUAACAGUGCCUGAUGGUCUUAGUCCCACAGCAGACCGAUCAUGGCUCGUUCCUCUCAACCCAGGAUUGGAGACGAUACCUGUGUGGGCUGCAUUUGUUAUGGUUCUCCCAGCGCUCAUGGUUUACAUUAUUGUUUUUAUGGAAACUCACAUUGCUGAGUUGAUUAUAGAUAAGCCCGAGCGAAAACUGAAGAAAGGCAGCGGUUUCCACAUGGAUAUAGUCGUGAUGUCUUUGAUUAAUUCACUGUGCGGUUUCUUUGGUGCACCUUGGCAAUGCGUGGCAACCGUACGGUCUGUGAGCCAUGUGGCCGCGCUGACUGUGAUGUCUACGACACACGCCCCUGGUGAUAAACCCCACAUUGUUGAAGUCAAAGAACAACGAUUGACUGGCCUGCUUGUCUCUACAUUAGUUGGCGUAUCCGUGUUGGCUUCAGGGUGGCUACGGCUCGUUCCAAUGGCUGUGUUAUUUGGAGUGUUUCUGUACAUGGGUAUCUCAGCAUUGGGUGGUAUACAAUUCUGGGAUAGAUGCAUUCUCUUGCUGAAACCUGUUAAGCAUCAUCCACAAGUACCAUAUGUUAGAAGGGUUCCAACGUUUAAGAUGCAUCUAUUUACGUUAAUUCAAGUAGCAGGAGUAUGUAUCCUAUACGCGGUGAAAUCGUCAAGAUUUUCACUAACAUUGCCUUUCUUCUUAGUAUUGAUGGUACCAUUGAGAAUGUCGUUGUCUUAUAUCUUCACGCCACUGCAACUGCGAGCGCUGGACGGUGCCCAAAAGGACAUAGACAAUGAGCCCGAUUUCUAUGAAGAAGCGCCACUACCAUAAUUAACCGGUUUUCAUGUGCCAAUAACAAACUUAGCUGAUUAAUGUGUACGGUGAAAAUAUUUAUGUGCCAUUCGUUGUAAACAUAUUUUAGAUUUAAAAUUAUUUAUUUCAUGUUAAUAUUACCUGGUUUAAAGUCUGGUUGUAAGUACUUAAGGCCGUGUUACACAUUAACGAAUAAUUAUUCAGUAUUUAUACCCAACAAUAAACACAUGGUGAAUUAUUAACAGCCUUAUGGCUUUAGGGUUAGGUAUAGGUAAACGGAUGACAGACUAAAGGACAGCUUAUACUACGCUUGUAUAUAAAACUUUAAAAUACAUUUCCACAUGGUCGGUGAUAUAACUAAAAUUAUAUAGCUAAAAUUGCUCAAUUUUGUUUAUUUAACAAUACUAAUCAAAAUCUAAUACAUUAGUAAAUGUGUUUUAUGACUAUAUAGAUAUACAAUCCUUAAUUUAUGCAUAUCAUGUAUCUCAGCGGAUAAAACAAAGUAUGUUAAUAUACCGUCAAUCUUAAGACCAUACUUCCGCCAACGCGUCUAUAAAACCGUGGUAUUGAGAAUAUCCAUACCUGGCCGGUUUCUACUUUCGAUCAGAUGAGGUCCUUGUUAGUUUAUACCCUCUUAUAGGUAUUAAAAAUAUACUUAUCCCAAUGCAUUACUGAUAAUUAAUCCUUUUUUUUUCAAAUUCCCCGCAAUACUGUCAUAAAAUCCUAGUUUAAUGUUCACAUAAUAGUCAACCAAUAUCAGCUCUAUGAACGAAGAGCCAAAGUAUAGGUGCCAAAGAUUACUUAUUUUAUUAAAAUAGUGCGGUGUCACAGCAUUUGUUUUUUAUCGAUGUCGAUAUUUAACAUACGAUUAUCAACCUAUAAGCUGUCAUAUAAAUAAGUGGAGACAAUAUAAUAAUAUUAAUAAAUGCAGCUCGCGCGGAUAAAUAAUGGAAUGAUUACCGUAUUGGCAGGUGAUUGAGCAUUUACCCACUGACGCUCUCAUUAUUUGUAAUCGCUGUACGAAUAGCAUAUUAUUGUUAUAAUAAGCUACGCUUAUGUGCUUUCUACUUUUUCUUAUUUGUCAUAAUGUAAUUAUUAUUACACAAAUUAAUUUAUUUGGUUAUAAAUAUUACUAAUCAUUUAUAUAAAGAGUUACAAAUGAUAAUGACGCUUUCAAUUGAUAUAGUAAUACGUAUUUGAGAAGUAAAAUGCUUAAUCUUACAUGUUUAAAUGCAGUAGUUUGUUUGUUAAAAUAUGUUUUUCAUCGCAAAUAAACCUACAAAUAAUCAUGUAAUCAUUGCAAGAAACACAGCGUUAAGUAUUUUUUUGAGCGGAUAGAGAAUGAGAAUUUAGAUUGUGGGUCAUAGUACGUUUGCCCUGCACUGUUCGUUAUUAUCGUCGCGGUAUUAUUUAUCUGUAGACCGUACCAGUAUAACCUAUUAAGAAUUACGAUAUUAUAUGUUAUUAUACUACUAUAUAAUUUAUUGCGCAUGUAAUAUAGUUUAUAAGUACGUUAAAAUAUAAUUAUUAAAAUUAAUAAAAAUAUUUUAUACAAAAAAAUCUAAACAAUAUGUUUUCAGAAGUAUUGAGUUACUGUAUCUGUAUAUACCGUCAGCAUAAUAAUAUAUUUUUCUCAAGUCGAAGAGCAAUAGAAAUGUGUAUAAAAACGCGGCAAAUUUAUCGUAUUUCGAGUCAUACAGUGCCGUUAUUAUAAAUAACCAGAUUCUACUUUGUUUUAAGGUUUAUACUUUAGAUAUAAACUAGGAUAUAUUCUCGUAAACGUAUGGGAUAAAAAAGUGGUUAAAUGUGGCGCCAUUUAAAUCACAAUAACUAUAUUAUAUAUAAGAGUUGAUCGCCUCGACAUUGUUCGAAAUUUAGUUAAGUUUUUUUUGUUUGUUUUAGUUAUUUUAGUUCGAUUUGAUUGCAAAAGGAGAAAAAUUAUAACGCCUUGCUCUUUUGAACAGCAAAGUGUUGUUAACAACAGGUGUUGAGUUCGGUUAUUACAUUAUUACAAUUUACACUGGGAAAACAUUUAUCAAAUGAAUACUUUAUCUAUUCAGUAAUAAAAUACCGUUCUAGAAUCAAAGAAUUUUGAAAUACCGUCAAGUUGCUUAAGGACUUUAUUGAUUACAAAAACAAAAUAAUAUAAGCGUUUCCUGUUUGCUUGUGAACCGAUCGGCAUGAAACAAAAACUAAGUCAUGGAAAGCAUAUACAUCUUUGACAACUGAAUUCAAAUUGGUUUAGUUGUUUCUGUGAUUAGCGUGCACAAACAAACAGAAAAAUUGUAAAAGUUAUUUUUUCAGUCUCGUUAUGUAAAAUUAUACUGAUUGUUCAUAUGUAAGUAACGGAUACUUACUAGAUUUAAUAUUUAAGUAUUGUUGAUGUAAGCGUAUAAAAGACAUAAUUAGCAUAACAAAAAAUAUUAUAAUACCUAAAAUUAUUUAUAGUUUACAUAUUAUUAUGUAAAUGUAAUUACUUUAGACGUGUAAAUUCAAUUACGUAUAUUAAAAUAUAUGGAUAAGUU